AUGGGCGGCCCGCGGGCCUGGGCGCUGCUUUGCUUCGGGCUUCUGCUCCCGGGAGGCAGCGCCGCGUGGAGCGUUGGGGGAGCCCCGUUCUCUGCACGCAGGAACUGGUGCUCAUACGUGGUGACCCGCACCAUCUCGUGCCAUGUGCAGAAUGGUACCUACCUGCAGCGCGUGCUGCAGAAUUGCCCCUGGCCCAUGAGCUGCCCUGGGAACAGCUACAGAACCGUGGUGAGACCCACAUACAAGGUGAUGUACAAGACGGUGACAGCCCGCGAGUGGAGGUGCUGCCCUGGGCGCUCGGGGUCCAGCUGCGAGGAAGUUGUAGGCUCCCCUGGCUUCGUGGAGCCCGGGUGGUCGGGCAACGCCAUGUGGCGGAUGGCACUUCGGCCCACAGCCCUGUCAGGUUGUCUCAACUGCAGCAAAGUGUCGGAGCUGACGGAGAGGCUAAAGGUUCUAGAGGCCAAGGUGGCGGUGCUGACUGUCACGGAGCAGGCAGUGCCCCUGACCCCAGCUGCCCCUGAGGACCUCGCCCCGCUCUGGGGUUCCCCAGCUGCCCAGGGCAGCCCCGGGGAUGGAGGCCUCCAAGGGCUACCAGGAACCAGAGAAAACAUGAGGGCCCCUCUGCUCCCCCGAGAUGAUCGAGUUGGUGCCCGGGGGCUUCCUGGGCCCUCUGGCCCCAAGGGAGACCCUGGCAGCCGGGGCCCAAUGGGGAUGAGAGGCCCGCCAGGUCCGCAGGGCCCCCCAGGGAGCCCUGGCCAGGCUGGAGCUGUGGGCAACCCUGGAGAGAGGGGACCUCCAGGCCCCCCAGGGCCUCCUGGCCCCCCAGCCCCACUUGGACCACCCUACGCCCGGAUCUCCCAGCAUGGGGACCCAUUUCUGUCCAACACCUUCACUGAGACCAGCAGCUACUGGCCCCAGGGACCGACUGGGCCCCCAGGCCCCCCAGGACCCAUGGGUCCUCCUGGACCUCCUGGUCCCAUGGGCAUCCCUGGGAAUCCUGGACAUAUAGGACCCCCAGGCCCCACUGGACCCAAAGGAAUCUCCGGCCACCCAGGAGAGAAGGGCGAGAGAGGACUGCGUGGGGAGCCCGGCCCCCAGGGCUCCAUGGGGCAGCAGGGAGAACCUGGCCCCAAAGGAGACCCUGGUGAGAAGAGCCACUGGGCUCCUAGCUUACAGAGCUUCCUGCAGCAGCAGGCUCAGCUGGAGCUCCUGGCCAGACGGGUCACCCUGCUGGAAGCCAUCAUCUGGCCAGAACCAGAGGGGUCAGGGGCAGACCCUGCCGGCACGGGCACCCCCAGCCUCCUGCGGGGCAAGAGGGGAGGACACGCCACCAGCUACCGGAUCGUGGCCCCCAGGAGCCAAAACGAGAGAGACUGA